AUGGUCUUGAUACCAUUAUGUCUUAGCAUUUUUUCCAAUUUAUAUCUCAUACAAUUGUGCAAAUUUACUCAAAAUGUAGAAAGUAUAAUUUUAAAAGAUUGUAGAGGUUGUUUAAAUGUUAAACAACUGAGUGAUAACAAUAAAAAUCUACUAAGUUGCACCCCUAGGGAUUCUUUAUCGUAUAUUAGUUAUAAAUGGGUAGAUUUAACAUCAAAAGCAAGAAUUAAGAGUAGCAUUGCAAGCCAGAAGGAUAUCCUCGAGAAGGAAAGAUAUAUUAGGAGGAAGGGGCCAGUAGGAUUUCAAACAAUUGAAGUAAAGGAGGACCCAAAUGUGUCAAACAGAACCUUGGAAAUCGCUAAAAAGUUGAAGGAAAAGCUUCCUAAUGCAAGCAUAAUUGACAUUUGGAAUCACUUUAACUACUCAGGACGUAUACGCAAGGGUACACUAAGUGGCAGACAGCUCCCCGCUAAAAAUGUAAAAAGACCAAACUAUUACAAGACAGGAAAACCACUGUAUGUGGAAUAUCCGAGCAGUAACAGAAGUGAAGAUGAUAAGAGGGGGACGCUAAAGACAGACGCAGAGAUAGAAGGGAUCAGGAAAGCAUGUAGAAUGGCUAGGGAAAUACUGGACUUUGCAUCGGCGAAAGUGGUGGAAGGAGUUUUUACGGACGACAUAGACCGGUAUAUACACAGGCUGUGCGCAAUAAAGAGCGUGUAUCCAGCGACGCUGAACUACCACGGGUUCCCGAAGUCAGUGUGCACCUCAGUAAACGAAGUGGCGUGCCACGGAAUACCGGAUAGCACAGUGCUGAGCGCAGGAGACCUCCUGAAGAUAGAUCUGAGUAUAUACUGCGACGGCUACUUCGGAGACGUGUGCGAGACGUACAUGGUGAUGCCGAUGAGGAAGGAGCUGAACAAGAAGUUUCUCAACACAAACUACAUGGGAAGAUCAGAAAGGAAUAAGCUCAUCUACAGAAGCCAGAAGCACAGUAACCUCGAGGGGUGCGAGCGCCAAAUCAUGGCACAGACAGGAGUGAUAAGGUUGUUGAACGAGGCGCUGAAGAUCUUAAAUCAGGAUUCUGGAGUGUUUGAAGCCCUUUCGCUGCUGUUCAGGCACGACUGGACGAAGAAGUUUAACUUCAAGCUCGACGAGGAAAUGCUGAGGAUCUCAAGGAAGCUGUGCGACGAGUGCAGAGAUGUGUACGAGAAGCCCGAAGAACCUUACUUAGGAAGGGUGGUGGGCACGGUCGCCUCGGACAUACCGACCUAUUUAAGCAGCGAUAAGUUCGGAAAAAUAUUCUCGACCUUUGAGGACCCAUUGAUCGUGCUCAACAUGCUGGAUUUCCACGCAGAGGAUAGGUACAACAGGCCGUACACGUUUUCGCAUACUUUUGACGAGGACGUGGAACUCAUGAAGAUUACACACGAAGCGCUGGAAAAGGGAAUCAGCGUGUGUAAGCCAGGAGCGAAGAUUAAAUUAAUCGGGAAAACUAUAGAGAAGUUUCUGGACUCUAAAAAGUGUAAAACAAUAUCGAAUUUAUCUGGCCACGGAAUUGGGAGGAACUUCCACGAAAACCCAUACGUACUGCACGAGUAUAAUGAAAGUGAUGUGGUGAUGGAGCCGGGAAUGGUCUUCACGAUUGAACCCAUAGUAACAAGGUCGCUCUUGAACUCGUUUAUGAUGUGGCCAGAUGGCUGGACAUUGACAACAGUAGACGGAUCAAAGACUGCACAGUUCGAGCACACGGUAUUGAUUACCAAGGAUGGCCACGAGGUGCUGACAAGAAAGAUCCCAUCCUCUCCUCCGUAUUUCUGGGAAAACACUCUGGAAAUCGCAUACUAA